AUGGCGGAGUCUUAUAAUAUUGGAGUCCCAUGGAUUAUGUGCCAACAAAGUGAUGCUCCUCAACCCAUGAUAAAUACAUGUAACGGUUAUUAUUGUGACAAGUUCACACCUAAUAAUCCCAAUAGUCCUAAGAUCUGGACUGAAAAUUGGGUAGGAUGGUUCAAAAGUUGGGGUGGGCAAGAUCCUCAUAGAACAGCUGAAGAUGUUGCCUAUGGUGUAGCCAGAUUCUAUCAAACUGGAGGAACCUUACAAAACUAUUAUAUGUAUCAUGGGGGAACCAACUUUGGUAGAACUGCUGGUGGUCCAUAUAUUACAACCUCAUAUGACUAUGAUGCUCCUCUCGAUGAAUUUGGAAAUAUUGCUCAACCAAAAUGGGGUCAUCUUAAGAAACUUCAUGAAGUUUUGAAAUCAAUUGAGAAAAACCUUGUCUAUGGCAAUGUCAACGAAACUGAUCUUGGUAAUUCUGUCAAGGCCACUGUGUAUGCGACAAAUGGAUCAUCAAGUGUGUUCUUGAGCAACAGCAACACUACUUCUGAUGCAACAGUCACAUUCAAUGGAAAGCAAUAUGUAGUUCCAGCUUGGUCUGUUAGCAUUCUUCCUGAUGGUCAAACUGAAGAGUAUAACACAGCAAAGAUUAAUGUUCAAAUUUCUGUGAAUGAACAUUGGCCAAACGAAGCUGAGAAGCAGCCAGAAUCAUUGAAGUGGGUGUGGAGGCCUGAGAAUAUUCAUGAUGCUCUCAAAGGCAAAUCUCAUUCUUCUGCAAACAAACUCAUUGAUCAAAAGGAAGUCACUAGUGAUGUCAGUGACUACCUUUGGUACAUCACCAGUCUUCAUCUUGAUAAGCAUGACCCUAUUUGGAGCCAUGAUAUGUCUCUUAGAAUCAACGCAAGUGGCCAAGUAAUUUAUGCAUAUCUCAAUGGAGAAUAUGCAGGAAACCAUUGGGCUAAAUAUGGUGUUCUUUAUGAUGAUGAAGUUGAAUUUAAGAUCAAGUUGAAUAAAGGAAAGAAUGUGAUUAGUUUGCUUAGUGUCACCACUGGAUUACAGAACUAUGGAUCGUUCUUUGACACAUGGCACACUGGUCUUGUUGGACCAAUUGAGGUGGUUGGUAAAAAAGGUGAUGAGACAAUUAUCAAGAACUUAUCUUCUCACAAGUGGCACUACAGAAUUGGAUUGGAUGGUUGGGAUAAAAAGUUCUUUAGCGAAGAGUCUAGUUCUAACACCAAAUGGGCAUCAGACCAAUUACCCAUAAACAGAAGCUUCACUUGGUACAAGACCACUUUUAAAGCUCCUCUUGGAAAAGACCCUGUGGUGGUUGAUUUAGAAGGGCUUGGAAAAGGGUUUGCUUGGGUUAAUGGUCAUAAUAUCGGUCGUUAUUGGCCAGCCUACUUGGCUGCAGAAGAUGGUUGCAGUAAUGAUCCUUGUGAUUAUCGUGGUGAAUACUCUUCCACAAAAUGCAUUUACAACUGUGCAAAGCCUACACAAAAAUGGUAUCAUGUUCCUCGAUCAUUCCUUAAAGAUGGUGAGAACACAUUAGUUUUGUUGGAGGAGAUGGGAGGAAAUCCAUCAUAUGUGAAUUUCCGAACAAUUAGUGUGGGAACUGCUUGUGGGAAUGCCUAUGAGAACCACACAUUGGAACUAUCUUGCCAGAGUCGUCCAAUUUCUGCUAUUAAAUUUGCCAGUUUUGGAGAUCCUCAAGGCACAUGUGGUUCCUUUAUCAAAGGCACAUGUGAAAGCACCAAUGAUGCUUCUUCAAUCAUAGAGAAGGCUUGUGUGGGUAAGCAGACUUGUUCCAUCGAAAUCUCAGAGAAGACCUUUGGGUCAACCAAUUGUGGAAAUAUCACCAAGAGACUUGCGGUGGAGGCAGUUUGUUAA